AGACAAAUAGAGAGAUCCCAUUGUCAUUCUAGAAAUCUUCGACAAUUUGACAAAUUCUGCAAAUGUUAUACUAAAGUGAACAACUUUUUGGAUAUAAAAUCAAACGGAAUUAUGAAAAUCUAAUUUUUCAUCCCAUUCUAAAAGCAAACUAUAUCCAGUAAUUCAAUCCCAUCUAUGAAGAGAAAAGAAACAAAACCAAAAAUUACAUUAAGCAGUUAGUUCACAUGUAAUGAGCCCAUUUAUGCUCGUAUAAAAGUUGGGGACACUCUACUUCAUUUCAUUAUCUCCCCACAUCACCAAAAAGUAUAUCCUUUCUUUUUCUUUUCUUCAAGUUUUCUUUUUUAACGAACAUUACACACAAUACAACUCAAGGCCCCCUGCAGAAAAACAAGGCAAAAUUGAUGGCACUGAUUGAGGAGGAACAAGAAGAAAAGGUAGAUCAAGAAAAGAUUUCUAAGUUACGUGACCCAGGUUUUAUUAGCUCCAAUAGUGAAGAUACUGAGAGAAAAAGUUCAGCCAAAGCAAAUCUGCACGAACUGUGCACUAAAGCACGCUGGAAAAAGCCUGAGUUCGAAUGCUGCAAUGAAGAAGGUCUUGAUCAUCAGAAAUUGUUCACCUUUAAGGUUCUUGUUAGGGUUCGAGAGGAAUCCACAACAUUGGAGUGUUAUGGGAAUCCACGAGCAAAUAAAAAGGCAGCAGCGAAUGAUGCAGCUGAAGGUGCACCCUGGUGCUUGAAACACAUGGGUUAUGAGCUAAAGAAACAACAAAAAAGCCAAAAUAUCUCUGGUUUCAAUAUAUAUAGAAAAUAAAUUGUAUUUUCUUAGCCCAUACUAAAGUCAUAUAGUCAAUUCACUCUCUUUCAACAUUUUCAUUCGCUUUGUAAGGCUCAAAAAAUGAAAAGAUUACUCGAAUUACUAAACAUGGCGAAUAAUGAAUUCAUUUAGAUAACAAGCCAAAAUAAGAAGUUCGGUCUUUGUGAUCAUGCUAUAUCGCAUGCAAUCGACAUUAAAAUUAAGUCAAAUUAUACAGAUCAUUACAUAAUAGGAAAAAGGAGUUAGUGAGUAGAGAUAACAUUUAAAGGGAUAUCAUUUCUGGGAAAAUAAUAUACUUCCGCGCGCCUUCCCCAAAAGAGAGGCUUGUUUCCAUUGACGAUGCCCCCCAAAAGAUGGUCAUUUUACCAUAUUUAGUAAGCAAAUAUUUUCACCUUUCAUGUGUACCCCUAAGCUGUUUACUCAAUUGCACUCUUGGAAAUAAAGCAUUGCGGAAAACAAGUAAAAAAUGUAACUGUAAAUAUGAUUAUCAAAGGAAACGUAACCUUUUAACUAAUUUUUUCUUAAACUUUGUGAAAUAACCGUAAAUCUAUCUUUUAGAAACAGAAUGAGUAUUAAUUUAAGCCUGUGCAUGAUUACUAAGGCGGCGAUUUUCACCAUUCCUACAAACAUGAAACCGAAAUUUUCGGAGAUAAAAUUUGAGAGGAACAAAAAUAGUAGAAACAAUCUUCACAUACUUACUGCACAGAAAUGUUACUGAAAUAAAUCAAGCACAUUAUGUAUAAAGAUAUCAUAGACAAUAAUGCUAGCUUAUUGGGUAACCUUUC